CUGGCUGAGCGAGCAGAUCAGAGACAGACUGAGCGCAGCAGCAGAAGGAACUGGAAGAGUGUUGCUGGGAAUUUAACAUUUUCUGUUUUCACCAGAAGUCAUGACUCUUUUGCCAACAAGCAUCCCUGCAAACUUCAGUCAUGAAACUGUGGAUGAAAACCACAACAACACCGACAACACUUGGUGCCGUUAUGAUGGAAUCGAUUGGAUCUUCACUGUGAUUCCAGUGUACAUCCUGAUCAUCAGUGUGCUGGGGAUUAUCUUGAAUGUGUUUGUGUUGAUGGUAUUCUGGCUCCACAAGACAGCAUGUAACGUGGUAGAGAUCUACUUGAUCAACCUGGCGGCUGCCGACCUUAUUCUGAUGUUGAGUUUACCCUUCUUGGCUGUGAAUGUACAGAAAAGAUUUAACUGGAACUUUAGUGAAACAAUGUGCAAACUGCUCCCCUUCUCCAUCAGCAUGAAUGCCUACUGCAGCAUCUACAUUGUGGUUCUGGUUAGCAUUGACCGAUAUUUGGCUCUAGUGCACCCACUGACCCAUGGAAGAAUGCGGAGGCCAUUUUGUGCCAAACUAGCAUGUGUAGUGGUGUGGUGUGUAUGCUUUCUGUUGAAUGUCCCUGUACUCAUCUGCAGGGAAGUUGAACAUCACCCUGAGAAGAAUGUUAGCAGAUGCAUUCUUUCUUAUUCAGAUCAGACAGAUAAAGCCAUAAACAUCCUCAAUGUCAUUCUAAACUUUAUCAUACCCAUUCUUAUUAUUUCCUUCUGCACUCUCAAAAUUAUUCAAGCUCUGAGAAACACGUUAAGGGACAGCUAUAGCACUGAGGGAAAGGAGCAGAAGGCCACCACCCUGAUUCUUGCAGUCCUCCUGGCAUUCCUGAUCUGCUGGGUGCCAUUCCAUGUGUUUAAGAUACUAGAUCUGCUCAGUAGAUAUAACAUUGUGGGAGGGUGUGAGUUACGGUUGAGUUGGUUCCAACAGAUCUCCAUCUAUUUACCCUUCUUCAAUAGUGUUCUCAACCCCAUUCUCUAUGUUUGUGUAGGUAAAAACUUCCGUAAAAAAGUUAAGGAGACCUUCAGUCAGAUGAGUAAUAGGAGAAAAUCAACAUUCAUCCUCGUCCCCACAUGUACAAAUCUGUUAGGAAGUGUUCAAACUGAGGAUGCCACAAGCUAAGCUGUGGGAUUGCUUUUUUUUUUUUUAAUUUAUGGUUUGUGUUUUCAAGAUUUUACACCGUUGAACUGGCAAUGUUUUACAUGGAAACAAUGUAAGAAAGAUAUGUUUGAAAUUACAAGUGCAUUGAUUCAAUGAUUCAAAGACUGUAGGACAUCUGUAUGUUUUUCUGCAAUUCUGCUUCAUGUGCUGGGAUCUGUGCCCACACUUAAAUGCUUUUUGAGGCACUGAUGUAUAAAUCAUGGAUGAGAAGAUGUAGACACACUCACAAAUAUGUACUUUUUUCAAUAUAGUCUAGAACUCAUAUUUUUUAAAGAUAAUUCAAAAGUCAGGGGAAAGGAAGACUGAAACAUAAGAUUUAUUGUUUUAAGCCACAUUUUAUUGCUUUUUUUGUUUAACAGCAACAGAUAGAUAGAAAUCAAAGCUGUGGUCAUUGUAAAAGGAAGUGAUUGAAUAUGUCUCUGUCUCAAGACGUCCUGCUGAUAUUUUAUACCACUUAUAGUGCAUCUCCCAAAAUGUGCAACUCAACCACAUUUGCUAUCAUACUUUCAGAUGUAACACAACAGCAACAGUGCUGCUCAAUUAAAUAUGGUUAUUGCACACAUUUUACAUCACAGAAGUAAUGGACAAAACCUAAGAGAAUUUAAGUAUUGUAUCAAAGAAAUGGUGGCAGACUUUGUGUCUUUAUAUGUCAUCAUUUACACUCUUGUGUCAAGAGUGUAAAUGAUGCACUGCAGUGUUUGUAUGUUUCACUCCUGAAUGCAUGUGCAUGUAUUUAAAUCUCUUCCUUUUUAUUGUCACAGAACUGUAUUGUUUCCUGCUUGUGCUAUUCAAAAACCAUCCUGUCAUGUUUUAAAACCAUGUAGUAUUUCUUACUUUUGUGUGUGACAUUGUGAAUGGAGCAAACUUCAAAUAUUUUUUCAACCUGCCAACAGCGGAGAGUGGCUGCCUCCACAUUGUGCAGACAUCUACAUUCUUGUACAGUUUGUAGUUUCUUGCUUGGUGCAGUUUAUUUACUAUUCAAAGUCAGAGGAUUGGGACAGACAGUGAUUUCCCUGGUCAUGCCACUCUGUCUUCACUUGGUGAACACACUUCACUGUUCCUGAAAUAACUUCUGUGUGUCAACUGUGCACACAUUUGUUAUGCAAAUGUAUUAUAACACCUGCUGUAGGACAGCAGGACCACAAAAGACCAAUCUUAAUCUUUUGCUGGUAUACAAAUAAACCUACACCUAUUAACUUCC